AUGUCUAGCACAUGCGCGUGUGCGCAGGAGGGCUCCAGGGAGUGGAUUCGGCUGUGGUUCAAGGACUGCAUCAAUAACCCGUCCGCGGAGGUGGGCUUCUACCUGGGCCUCGCGUCCAUCGGCUGCUGGCUCGUCGCGCAGUUUCCCCAGCUCGUCCGGAACUUCAGGCGAAAAUCCGCGGACGGUCUUAGCCCGUGGUUCUUGGCCGAGUGGCUCAUGGGAGACACCCUCAAUCUCCUCGGGUGCCUCAUGACCGGCGAUCAGCUCCCUUCGCAGACGUACACCGCGGUGUACUUCAUAGCCGUGGAUAUGGCCAUGAUAUUCCAGUUCGUCUACUACACCUUGCUCAGCGCAGACGCGGUGAGCCUCAUCACCGCGGACAUGAGGGACCCGGACGUAGCGUACUCUGUGAGAGUGGACGACACAGCUGGCACCCACGGACGCGGAGACGGAGGCGAAGGAGGUGUUCGCGGCGGUACAGGGCGCGAUGCACCGUCGCCCCAAGGAGGCGCGGACAGGGCGACGUCGCCGCCGCCGACGGGACCCGGGGAGUGGUACUCGCGGCGGACGCAAGCAUCGCAAGGAUCGUCAUCAUCGCGAGGCGCUUCCAUGCCGACGGGGGGAACCGGGGGAAUCGCGGGGAGGCGGAGGCGUCGCGAGGCGCGCGCCGCCGUGGGUCUCGCGGCGGCGACGGGCGUCGCGGCGGUCGUGGCCGUCGCUUUGGCGGUCGCGCUCGGGCUCACGACGGCGUCGCGAACGGGCGGGGUGAACCUUCAACCCCCGGCGGUGUCGGCGGAGGGAAUCGGAAUUGGCGGGGGAACACAGGCGUACUCGUACUCGUCGGUGCGUAACAACAACAACGACGACGACGACGACAAUAAUCACGGACGGAGGCCCCACAAGGACGGGCUGCCCAUCUGCGGGGCGUCCGCUAACCCCGAGUGGGAGGUUGUCAUCGGUCGGGCGGUUGGAUACGCGUCGUCGGUGUUUUACCUCGGGAGCCGGCUGUCGCAGAUUUACAAGAACCACAGCCGGCGGAGCUGCGAGGGUCUGGCGAUGAGCAUGUUCUUCACCGCCGCGUGCGCGAACAUCGCGUACGGGCUGGCGAUCUUGUUGAGAGGCGGCGGUAACCCGACCUACCUGAUCAACUCGAUACCGUGGCUGCUCGGGUCGCUCGGGACGGUGGCGCUGGACACGACCAUCCUGGCGCAGUCCAGGUACUACACGAAGCGCGCGCAGAGGAUGAGGAGGACGGUGGGCGCGACUGAUGGUGACGGAGACGUGCCGGAGGGCGAGGGCGAGCUGGAUAGGCCUCUCCUUCGGGUCGACUGAUGCCGUUUAUUCUGCGCUAGUCGAUAUUUUUACCUUACAAUUUUUUCUAGCU